UGCAUGUAUGUGUGUAUCUGUCCGCAGAUUAAUACUACUGGACCCAUCAGCCUGACAUUUUUUGUUUUCAGUUAUGACUGUAUGCUGAAGGACCUCUCGUGGUUUGUGGUGAUUCCCAAUUUUUGGAAAAUCUAUUUAAUUUACUCCUCACUCCUCUUUGCUAUCCAGAAGGGGUCGCAAGUGAUCAAUGACUGCUUCAGUUUGGAAUCUUUCUGUUAGGAACACUGUACGUGGUGGUGAUGUUAGUGUUGGCCGAUUCUUAUGUUGGCAUUUUCACUUUCACAGUUUACGCUGUUGCUGAUGUUUUGGAAUUGUUCCUCUCCAGAUUUGCAUGCCAAGACAUGCAAACAAAUGGGAUUCUGCACCUGCAAGGAUGGGGAGGAAAAGUACCUUGUGUUCUGAGAACUGCAUGUAUAUAAUACGGACUAAAAAGACAUAAUUCCAGAAACUACAAUGUGAGAGGAUCUCUGCGCCUCGUGCUGCCUGAAGCUCUUAGGUGGAUGGACAGGAGAUGAAAUAGAGGGAGACAGGAGACAGAUGGGGAGAGGUGAUGCAGCUCGAAGUGAAGACUUGAAGACUUGUAAUGACAGUGAUGAGAAACGUCAGUGUGCAGACAGAGGCGACGGAGGACACACAGAAGCUCUACUCUGCUUUAGGCUGGUUGUGAAGCAUCUGUUCUUUGGAGAAUAAGGAGGAAGAUGGCAUUAAUGUACAGAUCAACCUCUCUGGAAAACAAGGAAUUAAUGGCCCUGUAUGGAGGGGAAAGAGACCAUUACUUUGACAGAGAUGAGGACUUCACCAGUGAGGAGUAUGAUCUGGAGUGCAGCCAGGAGGAAAGAGGUGGCAGGAGCGUUCGCAGGUCUCUGUCCCUUGAAAUCUACGGCUUGCAGAGAGAGCAGCAUGUUUACUUCUCCAACCAGGAGUACUACAGGAGGCUGGAGGAGCUAAAGAGCGCUCACCUAAGGAACAUGGCCGAGCUGGAGAGGAUGUACAUCAGCCAGGGCAGAGAGAGGCAUGGAGAGGAAUGUGAUGAAGGCCUGGGAAGAGGAGAAAACAGAGAGGCCAGACUGUCAAUCAGUAGUGGCCCUGCCAGGAAACUUCAGAGGAUCAAUUCCCAGGAGGAGCUGGACUUUCAUGACACAUCAAGCGGUUCUGACCAAUCAGAGCUCUAUGGAGUUGACAGCCUGGGGGAACUGGAACUGGACAAUCCAAGAGAAACUGGCCAGGAGCAAACCUUUGGGAGAGACAUCCUGCUGAGCCCAGAAGAAAUGACGACCCAGAAGCAGUUUCGAUUUCAGCCCAAGGCCUCUUAUCUGAAACCGCAGGGAAGACUGUCCCGUCAAACUGGAGUCAGGGUCAGGCCAAACUCCAAGGUGACCGUGCCCAAACCGUUUCAGAUGAUGCUAAGAGAGGAGGAGAGGAAGAGGCACAAGGUGCGAACGCGCUCUGAGAUUGAGCUGGAGAACACGUUGCUGAGACAGGAGCUGGAGGAACUCCAAGAAUGCCAGAAAAAGUUCCGGGCAUCACCAGCACCUGCACACAUACACCUGCCUCUCUAUGAAAUUAUCAGCCGUCGCUGCGGUCAGAAAUCAAACCGAAGCAGAAGUAACAGUAAUAAUUGUAACACCAAAAGAAACCAGGCCUCUGCGACUGAUUCACCACAGCCUUUCCAUUUCCUGGAGAGAGAGAGGAGGAAGAGGGAGGCGAAGAUUGUGGCAGAACUGGGGAAGAUGGGAUUGAAAGAGGAACGACAGGCCUUUAAGGCUAAGCCUAUGCCCAGCUCGGUGUACGGCAACAGACACAGAGCAGACACCAAGACUGGAGGCCGUCGCAAGUUUCUUUCCAUCUACACCCAGGAGAGGGAGGCCACGGAGGGCCAAAGUGAUCCAAACUCCGACCUGGAGCCAGAUGUCCUCUAUACCAAGUGUGAUGCCUCUCUUGACCCCUGUAGGCUUCAGAGAUGUCCCUCCUCCAAGCCAGUGAAGAAGCAGAUAGAGCUGUCGAUUGAGAUGGUGAAAGAGAGGGAGUGGUCCCACACUGAGCCGCUCAAAGCCACCAACUGCAGCAUCUCAACUCAGCCAGCCAGGUGGCUCGGAGCCUCCGCUCUCUAACAAGAGUGACUACAUCAGAGAGACAGUGUUCAUAAAUCCAAGAAACACAGCAUCUGUUAUAGAUUACUUUAAUUCCGCAGCUAAACAGUUCAAGUUUGGGAUAUUUUGUACAGUAAUACUUUAUCAAACAGCAGAACAUGAUUUAACAAAAGUGGUUUAAAUGUUGUAUGUCCUGUAGCUAACUAUGUGUAGUUUUCAUAAUGUUUUUUUUUCAUUAUUUUUUGCUCAAAAAGCUCUUCAUAAUUUGACUCUUAUUCACACACACACACACACAGAUUGCAUAAUUUUUGUAAAAUAAAUUACAUUCACUGUUUCUGACCAAAAUAUAUUAAUUAAAGUGUUGAAUGCAUUUCCUUCAUCAUAAAAUAUUUGUAAAGGUGAUUCUUGGAAGAAUUUGAAACCCAUAUUGUCAACAAAGGUGGCGACUGGAACAUAUCUUGGGACACCGCUGCUACUAGCUGAUACUGAUAUGAAGCAAUCAUAAGCAAUGAGAUGGUUGUUCUCUCU